CCUUUUGGGGUCCUCGUCUCUUUCCCAUCUCGUUCCCUCUUUCCCACCCUCUUUCCAGGGUCGCAGCGACCCAACGAGAAACCAAAUACGGACCGGCUCAUUUCCCCAGGGCGAUCACCACCGCCACUUUUACAAUUGGGGGCAGUUGCGGGUCGCGGGCUCUCGGUCGCCUUCCGCUUCCGGUGGCGGCGUGUUGCCUAGGCAACGCUGUUUACAGGCCUGCGGAGGCUCGGUCAGGAUGGCCACCGGCAUGGCCUCUAUCGCCGACGGGGAGUUCACGGCGGCUAUUUACGGGCUGAUCCGAGCCGGGCGGUUUGCGGAGGCGGUGGGGAUCUUGAGUAGCGAGUUGCAGAGGAGCUGCCGGUCGCGGGCCGGCCUGUCGCUGCUCGGCUACUGCUACUACCAGCUGCAGGAUUUCGCGGCGGCGGCCGAGUGCUACGAGCAGCUGGGGCUCCUGCACCCCGAGCUCCACGAGUACCGGCUGUAUCACGCGCAGGCGCUCUACAAGGCCGGGCUAUACAGCGAGGCCCUGCGCGUCGCCGUCCCGCUGCUCGACGUGGCGCCGUUCCAGAGCCGAGCCCUGCGCCUCCAAGCGGCGGCCCACUACGCCCAGGGCGACCUCUCCAGCGCCAAGGCCCUGGUGGAGCUGCAGCUGGCAGCCGCCACAGAAGGCAGCCCCGGCGCCCCCGAGGACCCUUCCGAGCUGCCCGAUGCGGAGGUGAACAUGGGCUGCCUGCUCUACCGCGAAGGGCAGCACGAGGAGGCCUGUGGCAAGUUCGCCUCUGCCAUGCAAGUGCUGGGCUACUGCCCUGAGCUGUCCUACAACAUGGCCCUGUGCUGCUACGCUGCCAAGCAAUACGCCCCUGCUCUGAAGCAUAUUGCCGACAUCAUUGAGCGGGGCAUGCAGCAGCACCCGGAGCUGAGCGUGGGGACCAAUACGGAAGGCCUCGACGUCCGCAGUGUGGGCAAUACGUUGCUCUUGCAUCGGACGGCCCUGGUGGAGGCCUUCAAUCUCAAAGCUGCCAUUGAGUACCAGCUGUGCAACCUGCAGGCAGCUCAGGAGGCCCUAACGGAUAUGCCCCCUCGGUCUGAGGAGGAGUUGGACCCGGUCACUUUGCACAACCAGGCUCUGAUGAACAUGGACAGGAGAGCCACAGAAGGCUUUGAGAAACUUCAGUUCCUUCUGCAGCAGAACCCUUGCCCGCCAGAGACAUUUGGGAAUUUGCUGCUUCUGUACUGCAAGUAUCAGUACUAUGAUCUGGCUGCGGAUGUGCUUGCUGAGAAUGCUCACUUGACGUACAAACUUCUCACUCCUUAUUUGUACAACUACUUGGAUGCUAUGAUCACCUGCCAAACGGCCCCCGAUGAGGCAUUUCAUAAGCUUGAUGAACUGGCAGGGGCCCUAACAGAGCAGCUCAGAAAACUGACCAAGGAGGUGCAGGAAUCUAGGAAAAAUCGAGAUGAUGACGCUCUAAGGAAAGCUGUGAAUGAGUAUGAUGAGACACUUGAGAAAUAUGUUCCUGUCUUUAUGGCCCAGGCCAAGAUUUAUUGGGACAUGGAGAACUAUCCCAUGCUGGAAAAAAUGUUCCAUAAGUCAGUAGACUUCUGCAAAGAUCACGAAGUGUGGAAACUGAAUGUGGCACAUGUACUAUUCAUGCAAGAGAACAAAUACAAAGAAGCAAUUGGUUUUUAUGAGCCCAUUGUAAAAAAACACUAUGACAACAUCCUUCACGUUAGUGCCAUUGUUUUGGCUAACCUAUGUGUUUCUUAUAUUAUGACUAGUCAGAAUGAAGAAGCAGAGGAGCUGAUGAGAAAAAUAGAAAAAGAAGAGGAACAGCUUUCUUACCAUGAACCUGAGAAAAAGAUCUACCAUCUCUGUAUUGUCAAUCUAGUUAUUGGGACUCUUUACUGUGCCAAAGGAAAUUUUGAUUUUGGCAUUUCUAGAGUGAUUAAGAGUUUAGAACCAUAUAACAAAAAGCUGGGCACAGAUACUUGGUAUUAUGCCAAAAGGUGUUUCUUGUCACUUCUAGAAAAUAUGUGUAAGCAUGUGAUCAUGGUGCGUGACAGUGUCAUUCAAGAAUGCAUCCAGUUUCUUGAGCACUGUGAAGUAUAUGGCCGAAAUAUCCCAGCAGUAAUAGAACAACCACUUGAGGAAGAGAAGAUGCACAGUGGGAAGAACACGGUUACUUAUGAAGCUAGGCAGCUGAGGGCUCUAAUGUAUGAAGUUAUUGGGUGGAAUAAGUAGCUGCCAUAGCAUUUAUAUUCAAAAUGGCCCAAGUCAAAAGAUGUAGUACAGUUCUGUUGUAAAAGUUCCACAGGAAUUUGAAUUAACUUGGAAUUGUAGGGUAGCACUUUUCAUCCUUUAAAAAUAUUUUUAUUAAACGAGCUUCCUUGUCAAAUGUAUGAUAGAUAUAUUUGACAAAACUAGAAACAGAUUUAUAAAAUUGUAGUGUGCUGUCCAAUAAGUAGCACUAUAGAAUGAAUGUAUUAUGAGCGGUGGAUAAUAUAUCAUAUAUGCUAUAUUUUUCAAGAAGUUAUUUGACCACAAUAUUUCAUUUAAUUCAGGUUUGUAUGUAGCUCUUUGAAAAUACCCAAAGUACCUUUCAAAUAAGUAUUCUUUGGAAGUUGAAAUUGUCAACCUUACCAAAUUUUCUGCCCUUACCAAAUUUGCUAAAUUUGGUAAGGGCAGAAAAUUAUCUUUGAAAGAUGUCAAACUUUUGAACAUUUUAACUUUUAUUGUGUGUAUGUUAUUGCUUUCAUGGUAAUGGGAGCUUUGGAUAAGUGGGCUUUCAGGUCCUAGUUUAAAGCAAUAAAAAGUUUUUUUUUAAAAGUAACAUGAUUUAAAUUUUACCAGUACAAACAUGGAAACAAAUGCAAUAUGUAUUUUUCCACAAUACUCUGUUAUAUUCAGUGGAAAUAGAUUAUGUGUGCAGGGCAAGUCAAAACGGAUGCAGAAAGUACUAAGUAACUGCAUUUAUCUACAAAACAUUUUCCUUCCAAAUUUACCAAUACAAUAUUUGCCACUAGAUGUAUCCUAUAGCCCAGCAUGACUCAUUUCAAGGCAAAUUACCAUUAGUUUUUAUUCCUUUCUUUAGAGGUAGAAAUGUUUACUACUUAUUUCAGUUAUGGAGUUUACUAUAGCCCUAGAGACCAUGUCAGGCCUACAUAAUUUCUCAUAGGGUUCAGCCUGUGUCUUCUAUUUUAAAAUUACAGGUAUGAUUAAAGUCAAAUCGUAUAAUGUCAGCAUAAAACACUUACUCUCCUUUUCCUUCUUCCUUUGCCAGACGAAAAGUUCUAAAGAACUCAAAACAACUAUGCACCAUUUUGCCAGUCUGAAUAAAAGUUAUUGGUACUGUG